AAGCCAGCUCUUCAAACGAAGUACAGUCGGAUAGAUAAUUUACAGUGCGAACGAACAGUAGUUGUAGUACUUGUUGAACUCGAACGGAAACUUGCUCACGUCACGUUUGUCCCACGCAGUACCAGUAGAAAUAGUAAAAUUCCCUCCCUCUGUAGAAGAACUAGAAGUAAGGUUCAAGUCUACAAUGGGCACCAGGUAACCAAAAAUCAAGAACGGUCGCAACUAUGGCUAUGCGAGAAGUUAAACUCUGCUUGCUCGGGGAUUCUGGAGUUGGGAAAUCCAGCAUCGUGCAGAGGUUUGUUUGUGAUUCCUACCAAGACUCCAUUCCACCAACGAUUGGUGCCUCGUUUAUGUCUAAAACAGUCACAACAGGAGAGAAAUCUUUCAAAUUUCAGAUAUGGGACACAGCUGGCCAGGAAAAGUACCGAGGUCUGGCACCCAUGUAUUACAGGGGAGCUGCUGCAGCUGUUGUCGUGUAUGACAUCACCAGUCAGAUGACUUUUACCAAAGUUCGAGACUGGAUACGGGAAUUGCAGCAGCAUGGCCCAGAAAACAUUGUCAUAGCGAUAGCUGGGAACAAGUUUGACAUGUGCGACCUCCGGGAGGUAGAGACAAGAACUGCCAUGGACUAUGCCCAAGAUAUAGGGGCUGUGUUCAUUGAGACAAGUGCCAAAACAGCAGCCAACAUCAAAGAACUCUUUAUUAAAAUCAGCGAGCAGUUACCACCAGAGACAGUGAUGCCUUACAACUCCACCGACACUGUGGACCUCAGGAAGCGAAGGGCGCAGGCCGGCAAGAAAAGUGGAUGUUGCUAGUGGUCAGACGACAGGUGCUCUUUUUGCCGCUGGUACCUUGUAGUCACUGUCUUCAGUUUUGUGUUGUGUAAUAUCCUCCCUACUAAAGGGCGGAGUUGUCUACACAUCAGGUACAUUUUAAAGAAUUUUUUUACAGUUCCAGGAGCAAAGCUAGUCAACAUCUAAACCCAGGCGUAGCUGAACGCAACAGGUGGGAAUGCCAAUGGGGCCUCCUUGUACAGGGCAAUCAACAGGCGUGGAACAAACUGGUAGCGAUCGAGACAACUUGAGCCAGUUCCAGUGAGCAAUGCCUGUGUUGGAUCCUGUGAUGGCUGGCAAACCUUAGGCGUCAAACCCAGUUGUUGCCAUGUUGGGCAAGUUCCUCGCUUGGACAGUAUUACAUUGUCUGUUGUUGCGUUCAAUGGGGUUUCCAGCCAAACUACCUGGGAGCGUUAGGGUAACAAUUUACCUGAUUGCAGCUCACAGGACUCUGCAUUGAGCAAACGGCGCUAACCUUAGUACGAUUCACUUGUGUCAAGCUCAUACAAGUUUGUUGCUAGUGAGCUCAACCAGGCUCUGGAUAUGUCUUGCAUCCCCGAAAUUCUAACAAAGGUAUCAACACGAGAACACAAUAUUUAUCACAUUUCACACCUGUUAAUGUGUGCUACUUGUUCUUUCUGCCAUUCAAAAUAUGAAUGAAAAGUACGGAAUGUGACACCUCUUGAUUUUAAUCUGUACCAGACCAUGCAGACCAAAUCCCAGGUUUAUUUUUUAAAGUAGUUCAGGUAUUUCCGCAAUAUGUUCAUGGAGCCUUUCCAAAGAGUGAAAGGGCAGAGUGUAAGGUCUCUGUAAUGGUCAUGUACAUUUACAUUAUCUGUAAAGAAAAAGGAGAAUAAGAAUGUCCAACAUUCCUUGCCCUUUUAAAGUUGAAAGUGAACGUAAUUGGUCAAAUAAAAAAAAAAAGGAACAAUGCUGAAAAUGUAAACGCACAUGAACUCACGUGACUGAAAACGAAAGCUUCCUUUUUUCCGAAAUUGGCUGGAAAAACCUACAAUCUAAUGCAGAUGCAGUGGAAAAAGUGGGAUUGAUUCAAAGUUUGCACUGCUGUGAGUCUUACAGAAUUGUAGAAUGGGCACCUGCUUGAUUUGUUCCGUUCCUGGCAGCUUCCACAGCUUUGGCAAAACGUCCAUGCUUGCAGGAGAACAGUCUUCUUUCUCAAAUGCAUAGUUACCACCUGACUACCCCCUCCUUAAACGAGGGAAGGAGGGACGGAAUGUAAGCCACUGCACCAGUUUGAAUGUCAACGCUAGGAAACGAGUCUUUUUUUUUUCAGCUUAAUGCUAACAAAAGAGCAGAUGGAAAGAAGUCCAUAUUGGACAAGUUCACGAGCGUCAUGAACACCCACAAGUUUACCCUUCUUUUCAAAAUUUUUCUCCUAGGCACUGAAUCCCCUUUUUCCUCACUAAUCCCCCAAAAAUGACAAGGCACCCCUUGUUAUACCCGGUAUGUACGACGUUCAAAGAUUGUGAUGGUCCAGUGUGGAAUUGUUCCCAAACAGAUACUUAGGGGCAUCCAUUUCUGCAAGUUUGGGGUUGAAAGGAAAGGAACUGUGCAAGAUUUACAAAACAGCAGAACUUUUAGUACUGUAAGUGCUGGAAUCUUGUGAAAAUUUACAUAUAUCACCUUGCAUUUCAAUCAAUAUAUAUUCUGAGAAUUUGUAAACGCCUUACAUAUCAAUGCCAUACUGUGCUUGGUUGUAUUUAUUGUGUCAAAAGCUGUCAUCUAAAAAUGAAAUUGGAGAGACUUUAUGAUAGAACCAUUUUCAUGAAAUUUAAUGUUUUUUAUGACUAUAUUUGUGUUUGAAAAAUGCAAAUGAACUACUUGAAUUGAAUCUUUCUGCCACUGCCAGUAAAGGACCAAUACAGUACAUUGGCAGAAUUCCAUUGAAAAAGAAGUAAAGUUUAUCCACAUUGGAAGUGGGCUAUGUUUCUGUUUUCAACGUCAGUUUGGUUGGAAAGUUGUGUUCUUGUUCAGCAUGAUUCAGUUAUAAUUGUAAUUUGUCCUAGUUGGAGUGAUUCCUGUCAUCAAAGUUCUUGCUUUCACCUUCGCCCAACGUUCCUGACUCCACCCUAGGUCGCCAGAAAAAGCUUUGCCGAUUAAUGCCAACCCCCCCCUGAUUUAAAGAGAUACUUGACUGAAAGUCGAACACCAUUUCUGCAUCUACCCAAAAAUGGUGUGAGCUUGUAGGUAUUUUAAUAGAUACAAAUCAGUUUGUAUUCAUGCCGUGUGCUUGUUUACGGCUUACCUUUACACCCAGGUGUGUGUAUUUCACUGUCACAUGUCUAACAGAAACCAGAGGGGAAAAUCAAGUUUGCUUCAUACGUAAACAUUCUUUUAACAAGGAAUUUUUCAUUAUAUUUUCAGUGAACGUUACUCUUUAUUUUGCAAUGCAAACAUUCCUUUAAAACUUCUCUUCAACGUUUGCCAGUGUAGAAGGCUUUCCCUUUCUACAUCCUGUGGACCUCCUUGUUCAUAGACCCGUGGAUACAAGGAAGUAACAUUCUGACUUUCACAAGGAAAACAUACAUAUUAUCAAUGGUGUAGUUGAGACCUCUGUAAGACCAUCCCAAGACCAGUCAUUUGCAAAAGUUUAGAACCACCCAUACAAAAACCAAUCAAUCAUGGCAACUUACGAUUAUUUUCAGUGCGUAGCUUUAGUAUCUUGGUCAAACAGCUAUUUGACUGUAUUUCUCUGAUUUGAAAUGUUAACAGUCUAAUAUUUAGUGUGCCCU